AUGGAGGUCGAGGGCUGCCACUUCCAGUUUCGCAUCGCGCUGCUGGGGGACGCGGCUGUGGGCAAGACGUCGCUGCUGCUGCGCUACGUCGCGGGCGCUCCGGGGAUCCGCGAGCCCGAGCUGGAGCCGGAGGUGGCGCCCACCGUGGGCGUCGAGUUCUACAGCCGCGCGUUGCAGCUGCGGGACGGGCUGCGCGUCAAGCUGCAGCUCUGGGACACCGCAGGUCACGAGCGCUUCAGGUGCAUCACCAGGUCCUUCUACCGGCACAUGGUGGGUGCCCUGCUGGUCUUUGACGUGACAAACAGGGAGUCCUUCGAACACAUCAGAGAUUGGCACCAGGAGGUCAUGGCUACCCAGGGCCCUGAUAAGGCAGUCUUUCUGCUGGUUGGCCACAAGAGUGACCUGCAGAGCUCCCGUUGUGUCUCAGCCCAGGAGGCGGAGGAGCUGGCCACCUCCCUGGGGAUGGCCUUUGUGGAGACCUCAGCCAGAAACAACAGCAAUGUGGACCUGGCGUUUGACACUCUCACUAGUGCCAUCCAGCAAGCCCUGCAGCAGGGGGACAUCAAGUUAGAGGAAGACUGGGGGGGUAUCCGCUUCAUCCACAAGACCCGGAGCCCUGGGCCCUCCAGCAGGAAUCAACAUCCAGGCUCAUGCCAAUGUUGA